AUGGCAGAGCAGCUCCAUUCCGCUGAAGAAACAGAAGAAAAUCGUGACCGCAUCUUCCGUAUGAACGAAGACGAACGAGAGCGUAUUUUCCUAGACCACGAAGCUCAUCGCGACCAAGAAGCGAUGAACCGUAGAGAUGAGAUUUUGCGCGACGUUGAGGACCGGGUCGAGGAGCGGCUGGCUUCCAUACCCCCUGCAGCCCCCCCUGUAUCCAUUCCGCCACCUUCAGAAGGUGCUCCUGGUAUGCCUAUUCCUGAAUCAGCUUACGAGGAGCCUCUAUCGGAAGAGGAGCCUCUGUCAGAAGAGGUUCAUGAGGAUAUCCCCAUCGUGCCACCUCCGAGACCACUGGAACAAGCACCUUCACCUCCAAGGACGCCAAGGACACCAGAUUUCCCGGCGCAAGCGGAAGAUAUUGAUAUCGAUGCUCGUACCAUCGCUCAGAGUAUACAAUCCCAGGUGGCAGAAGCUACUUCGCGUUACUUACAGGAGAUGCUGGACACUAUCCGUACGGAGCGCACUGACCUUGAGGAAGCUCGGACCGAAGCCACGCGCAUUCGCGAAGAGCUUGACGCCGAGCGUGAACGCCGGAUUGCCGACGUGGAGGCACAGAAUAACGCGCUAAAAGAGGAACUCGCCAGCCUCCGCGCCCAUAACGAUCAGCUCAAGAACGACCUGGAGCAGGAAAGGCAGUUACGCAUAACUGAGGACACAGCGCGGCAGGAGACGGAACGUGACGAGUACAGAAGAAGAGCAGAUGAUCUGGCGACCCAGCUUUCCGACGUCACCAACAUCGUCUCUGAGACUCGGGACGAAUGUGCAAGGAAACGCGAAGUGUCUGACGAGCGAUGGGCUCAGAAGGAAGUUUGGCACAACGAUUGCAACUCCCAGAUGGAUGAGAUGAAGCAGAUGCUCCAAGGCUUCCAGCAGAUGUUCCAAGACGAGCUGAGACAACGGCAAGCGGAGCGGGAAGCUGAAGCAGCGAAGCCGAGCAUUGAAUCCAUUGUCAACGAACUUCGAGAUGAGAAUGCCCAGCUACGUGAGCUUCUGCGCGAGCUCUCCGACGGAUGGCGUGCGGAAACACGAAGACAACAUGAUGACCUCGUAGACGCAGUGAAAGCCACAGCUCAAGAGCAGGUUCCGUUCAAUAUCUCUGGGUAUUUGGACGAGUUCAGCAAGACGCUCGCAAAAGAAGUGAGACAGCUCCUCGCCGAGGUCGGCGAACUUGCCACCCAGAAGAGCAGCCUCCAGCACGAGAUUGUAUACCUUAUGGAAUUCAGGCGCCGAUAUGAUCAGGGCGGCAUCUUCUGGUGCGCAUAUCUCAUCUGA